AUGAGUGUCAGAGAAGUUUCCCUCACUCCUUUCACCGACCAAAAGCCAGGAACCUCUGGUCUACGCAAAAAGGUUGUGGUCUUUCAAAAGGAGAACUACAGUGAAUCUUUCGUUACCAGUAUUCUUCUCUCAAUUCCAGAAGGUGUCAAGGACAGUUUCUUGGUUAUUGGUGGUGACGGACGAUAUUGGAAUCCAGAAGUUGUGCAAUUGAUUGCCAAAAUUGGAGCUGCAUACGGAGUCAAGAAGCUUCUGAUCGGAAAGGAUGGCAUUUUGAGUACGCCAGCUGCCAGUCAUGUUAUUCGAAAGCGUAAAGCAACUGGUGGUAUCUUGUUGACUGCUAGUCACAAUGCUGGUGGACCAAAAAAUGACUUCGGUAUCAAGUACAAUCUCGCGAACGGAGGACCGGCCCCAGAAUCAGUUACGAACAAGAUUUUCGAGACCUCAAAGACCUUGACCUCAUACAAGAUCGCGGACAUUCCAGAAGUCGACAUCAAGACAAUUGGCACAAAAACAUACGGUUCAUUGGAGGUUGAGAUUAUUGAUUCCGUUUCAGAUUAUGUUGAGAUGUUGAAGGAUAUCUUCGACUUCCCUCUGAUCAAAUCAUUUUUCUCAAAGAAUAAGGAUUUCAAAGUCUUGUUUGACGCCCUUUCUGGUGUUACUGGCCCAUACGGAAUUGAGAUCUUUGAAAAGGAGCUUGGUCUGCCCAGCUCGAGCACACAAAACUGCAUACCUUCGCCAGAUUUCAAUGGUGGUCACCCAGAUCCUAACCUUACAUACGCACAUUCCUUGGUCGAGGCCGUUGACAAGGGAAAGAUCCAUUUCGGAGCUGCCAGUGAUGGAGAUGGAGAUCGUAACAUGAUUUACGGAGCCAAUGCUUUCGUUUCUCCAGGAGACAGCUUGGCAAUCAUCGCGCACCAUGCUCAGCUCAUUCCUUACUUCAAGAAGCAAGGUGUUUAUGGACUCGCACGUAGUAUGCCAACUUCCGGAGCUGUUGACCUCGUGGCCAAGGCUCAGAAACUCGACUGCUACGAAGUUCCUACCGGAUGGAAGUUCUUCUGUGCUCUUUUCGAUGCUGACAAGCUUUCGAUCUGUGGAGAGGAGUCUUUCGGAACUGGAAGCAAUCACAUUCGUGAAAAGGACGGUCUUUGGGCAGUUGUUGCAUGGUUGAACAUUAUUGCUGGUAUCGGCGAGAAGAACCCAGAUGUUGUUCCUAGUAUCUCAAAGAUCCAACAUGACUUCUGGACUGAAUAUGGUCGUACCUUUUUCACAAGAUACGAUUAUGAGAAUGUUAGCUCCGAUGGUGCUGCGAAGGUAGUAAAGGACUUGAAUGAUAAGAUUGAGGACAAGUCAUUCAUCGGCUCAAAGAUCGGAGACCGAACAGUCUCUGACGCCGGCGACUUCUCCUACACCGACCUCGAUGGAAGCGUCUCCCCAAACCAAGGUCUCUACGUUAAAUUCUCAGACGGCUCCCGCAUCGUCGUCCGCCUUUCUGGCACUGGCAGUUCUGGCGCCACGAUCCGCUUGUACAUUGAGAAGCACACUACGGAUGCAAGCACAUACGGCCAGGACGCCCAGGUUUUCCUUAAGUCGGAUGUCGAGUUCUCUACGGACUUUUUGAAGUUCCAGGAACAUAUCGGACGUACGGAGCCGGAUGUUAAGACAUAA